AUACCGAGAUAAAAUCUGUGCAACUUACACCGCCAAGGAUAUAUCCCUCUGCCCAGCUGUGUCACGAACCGUUAUACGUGGACACAACAAGUUGCUGACACUCUGCCUUUCAUUUUGCUCUUUUAGCUUUGACGUCACUUUUUGAUUGUUUUUCUUCCUGUUUGUUCAAAGACCCUUCAAGACUUUGCUUUGAACAAACAUUAGAAUUGAGUCUGCCAUGGAACUAUUUUGAUAAAACAAGCUGUCUUGUCUUUCCCUUCCUCCUGUUGAAAUAAGAUGUUUGGAAAGGUAUGGAUUUUGAUUCGUUGGGAACCACAUACGUCUUUCCAAAUGUGAUGCAACCCCCUAUAGAGCUUGAAACUGUCAACCCCUUGCCCAGCAGGGGUUGGCCAGGUGGAGUCAAAGGACAUGUUCGCUCUGCAAGUCAUGGUGUCAUUGGUGUUUCCUUAUUAAAUCCCACGCUUCAUCCACAGCCAUCUUCUCCAUCUCCCGCAAUUGGAUUAUUAGAGGCAGCUUCAGGAUUGAACAAGGCAGAGAGGUCUUCUCAAGACGUUUCUUCUACCAAUCCAGCAGUUCUAAAACUUCCAUAUACAGGUAUUUUACGCCAGGGCCACACUAGAGCAUUGUCACAAGGUCAGAUUCCUAAUCAACAAGUCCAGGCAACUAAAGGACACAGCCGGACAGGAUCUCGGACUGAUUUUCUCCUGCCCCCUGGUCACCAGGAUAAAACUACAAGCGGUGCGGCCCAUGGUACCAGGCAUAACAGGCAGGUUUCGCGAACCCUCUCUAGUGAUAUCUUCACUAAAGGCCACUCACGCCAAGCCUCGCGAACUGAAUCGAUUUACACGAUUCGACAGACGCGAAUCCCAUGGGUAAAUCGGUUUCUUUUCUGGAGACAAGCAAAAACUCCCGAGCCUCCACGGAUGCGCACGGUCGUACCGAAUCACAUCGUGCCGCCCGGUAUUAAAGCCAAGCAUCAUCCAAAUCGGGCCUACACCGACAACGCCAUUCGCACGUCUAAAUACACCCCACUCUCCUUCAUUCCAAAAAACUUGCUGGAGCAAUUUCACCGCUUCGCCAAUCUCUAUUUUUUGUUCAUCGUGCUUUUAAAUUGGAUUCCUGCCAUCAGCGCAUUUGGCAAAGAGGUAGCUAUGAUCCCAGUCAUCUUCGUUCUGGGUGUAACAGCCAUCAAAGACGCCUUCGAAGAUUAUCGACGACGACAAUCGGAUUUGCGCAUUAAUAAUUCGACCUGCCGAGUUUAUCGAGUUGACGAAGAUCGCUACGUUCGCGUUCUAUUCUCCGAAGUGAGAGUGGGCGAUAUUAUUCACCUCUCCUGUGAUGAAAUCAUUCCCGCAGAUCUUCUCCUACUCAAGUCUUCCGAGAAGCAAGGGCUCUGUUUCAUCGAAACUUCCAAUCUGGAUGGAGAGAACAAUCUGAAGCAAAGGAGUGCGCCUCAAAUGAUGUUGGCUAAGCAGCAGCACUUCCAGCCUAAAGAUUUUGUUAGUCACAUCGAGUGUGAAGCACCUACCACAAAGAUCUACCAAUUCCAUGGCGCCAUCGUCAAUCCGGACGGUUCGCGAGUUGCAGUUGGCCGAGAAAAUCUUUUACUGAGGGACUGUGCUCUGAAAAAUACGGACUUCGUUGAGGGCAUCGUCGUGUACGCUGGCCACGAAUCCAAGGCCAUGCUUAACCACGGAGGCCCACGUUAUAAGCGUACACAGCUGGAACAAGCCAUGAAUGUCGACGUCGUGUGGUGUGUGGUGAUUCUGGUUUUGCUGUGCCUAGCUGGUGCGUGUGGCUGCGGACUGUGGUUGAAAUCGUACAUACCGCAUCUUCCGGUUCCGUUUCUGCCACUAGUCGAAUUUCAUGCUGGUGCGGAUGUCCUAGCCGGCACCGAACCCGACCCGUUUUAUCAAGCUUUUCUUGCUUUUUGGACCUACGUUAUUAUUUUACAAGUGAUGAUACCCUUGUCACUCUACGUGACUAUCGAGCUAGCCAAGCUUUUGCAAAUCUUUCACAUCCAUAACGACCCCCACUUGAGGGAUCCAGUCACCAAUCAAGCGAUCGAGUGCCGAGCACUCAACAUUACUGAAGAGUUGGGUCAAAUUCAGUACAUCUUCUCCGAUAAGACGGGCACAUUGACUGAAAACAACAUGAUUUUUCGACGCUGUUCCGUUGGUGGUAUCGAUUACAAUCACCCGCAAGUUAACAAGGAUGUACUUCCUUUAAAGCCCGGUGAACGCCAAAAGAUUUAUCCAAAUCCAAGACUGCAAGAAGAAUUGAGACAGUUUGAAAUCCAACGUCGAGCCACCAACGAAACUUCCGACUCGGACGUUGAGAGCAGGCCUCACAUCAAUGUUCAAGCUAGAAGACUAGAAGAAUUCUUUCUGUUGAUGGCAGUCUGCAAUACAGUGGUGGUGGCAAAAAAACCUCAUCGUGAUCGCAUGAAUGAGGUUGGCCAAAUUGAACUUUCGGGCGUUGGUUGUUCUGUUCACAUUGCUGUCGACGAUGGUGAAAGCUUCUCGGAUCAUGGACCGUCACCUUCUAUUGAAUCGGGGUCUGUUAGUAUGUCUUCCACAACGUUAAUGGUUCCUCCUAACUUGACUAGCACCCCGCAUUCCAAUAACGUCCUCGACCAGCACACAAACGUAACACCUAAGCGACCAGGAAAUUUGUCUUUCUUUUCUGCAGGAAGACAUUCAGCACGUUACCGGCCGUCCAAUCAACAUAACAUUCAACGGCCUCUAUCGCCAAUUGACUCUUCUGCAGAAACUACACCAUCUGAAUCGCCAGCUCCCCCUCUGAGGCCACGUUUUCUCCAGUUGCCCAGCUUGGCUUCUGCCCAGUCAUUUUUCAGCUUAAGGCGAUCAUCCACCCCUACGUCCGACAUAUCAACUUCACUGCCGGCCACGCCGUCUAGUGAUAGGAAGAAUUUUUACGAGGCCGAAAGCCCCGACGAACUGGCAUUGAUUGAUGCGUCCUGCUGUUACAACAUCCGCUUGUUCCAGAGGUCCGUCCACCAUGUCGCCGUUUCACUACCCGGUGAAGGAACGCUGGAGUAUGAAAUACUGGAAGUUUUGCCUUUUGACUCUACUCGUAAACGGAUGUCAGUCGUUUUGCGCCGGCCAGAAACACGUCAGAUUGUCGUUUAUUGCAAAGGAGCAGAUUCUGCAAUCCUUCCCCGCUUAGCCUACACUCAGAGUUUUGCCGAGAACCAAAUUAUUCAAAGGACGGAACAUCACGUCAAUCAGUACUCGAAGCAAGGCCUUCGAACGCUGGUCAUGGCCAAAAGAGUACUUAGUGAGGAGGAUUUCGCCGACUGGUUAGUGGCUCAUAACGAAGCAAAGGCUGCACUUGAAGGUCGCGAGCGCCUUCUUUACGAGUCCUACUGUCGAAUAGAAAGGGAUUUGAGUCUUCUCGGAGCGACUGGCAUUGAAGAUAAAUUACAGGAUCAAGUGCCUGAAACUAUAAGCUGCUUGCGUAAGGCUGGCAUUGUUGUCUGGGUACUUACUGGUGAUAAACAGGAAACAGCUGUCAAUAUAGCGUACGCCUGCAGUUUGUUCGCUGCCGACAUGGAAGUGAUCAAGUUAAACGCUAGAAGCAAGAACGCGGCUGAAGCCGCCAUCCACUGCCAUCUCGACGCUAUACAAAGAGAGCUGGUUACUGUUGCAAAUGCGAAUGAAACAGGCAAUAGGCUACGGUCCUUUUUUCCACUGGCAUCCGACAAUUCCAGUAUGGUAGUCAAGCGUAAAGCUUUGGUUGUUGAUGGGAAAACAUUGCUGUAUAUAUUGGACAAGCGCUCGAAUCUACAAAAACCGUUUCUCCAUUUAACGCGUCAUUGCGCUGCGGUUUUGUGUUGCAGAGCUACGCCACUCCAGAAAGCGUUUAUUGUAAAAAUCGUCAAGCAGCAGUUACACAUCCGCACACUUGGCAUCGGUGACGGAGCCAACGACGUCUCGAUGAUCCAGACGGCAGAUGUAGGAAUAGGCAUAUCAGGUGUAGAGGGUAGGCAGGCCGUUAUGGCCUCGGAUUUCGCAAUUCCGCGCUUCAGUUUUCUUUUGCGUCUUCUUUUGGUGCAUGGCCACUGGUGUUAUGACCGUUUGGCUCGCAUGGUUUUGUACUUCUUUUACAAGAACGCCAAUUUCGUCUUUGUGAUAUUCUGGUAUCAGUUGUACUGCGGCUUCUCAGGAACAGUGAUGGUUGACCAAAUUUAUUUAAUGUUCUUCAACCUCUUUUUCACGUCGCUCCCUCCUCUCGCCAUGGGGAUCUACGACCAGAGCGCUUCAGCGGACUUACUUCUCUCUCAACCGCCCCUAUACGCCGUCGGGCGUGAAGCGCAGCUCUACCGCUCACACUCGUUUUGGGUGAACAUCAUCGACGCUCUCUAUCAAAGCACAGUGAUUUUCUUCAUAGCUUACUGUGCUUACAGUGACACGGUCGCCGAUUUAUGGGAAUUUGGCACAGUGGUGACGUCAUCCUGUAUUUUUGUCAUGUUGAUACACAUGGCAUCCGAGUUCAAAUCCUGGACUGGGCUUCACUUCCUAUCAUUAUUUGCGUCCGUCUCGUUUUACAUGGGAUUUGCCCUAACCUACAAUGCCGUUUGCGUCGAUUGUCCCGGCCUCCCGAAUCCAUAUUGGGUUAUGCAGCAUUGUUUGACCACGUUACUCUUUUGGGUCACUCUUAUCCUCACCUGCGUGUUGGCUUUCAUCCCAAGGUUCACCAUUAAAGCUUUGUUCUGCCUAACUCAACCUUCGGUCGUUCAUCAAGCUCUGCUGGAACAAAAGAAAUCGGAACGGAGCAAAAAACAAGACCUGAGAGUCUCCUGGUCACGAACUUCUACGCGCUUGACGGUUGUUCGUACCACCGACCCUUAGAAUCAUCGCUCGUAACCAAAGCUUUUCUUUUUUUUUUUUUAGUUAUUAUGAUUCAGUCUGACAUUUUUUUCCAAUCACUCGACCUGAUGAAUUUUGCUAGCCAAAAUCUGUUGUGCCGUCUAACGGCAUUUUACUUUUUACGAUUGGUUUCAAAUACGCACUAGCGAGAAUCUCUUUAUUUUUCAUUAGAAGAAAAGAAAAAAAAAACUAAUAACAAAAUAAAGCACAUCUUUCAACGAUUCCUAUGACGCGGUGGAAUGACGUAAUCGACGAGUGCCUUAAAGAAAUUUUUAGAUUCGGUGCUUUAUUUUAUUGUUUUGUUUUUUUCUUAGUUGAAAAAUCAUUUUCCGCUAUCGGAAUUUUUCCCAUCCGGUCCUCAUAGUUCCUCGGGUAAGACCAACCGCGAACUUAUAUUCCUAUCUCAUUUCAUCUUUCUAUAAACAAUCUCGAAUGUGGGCUGCCCCAUUCUUCUUUGCCACCUGGGCAGAAAAGAAAAAGUCCAAUGGCCGGUGUACUACAGUUUUUCUUCCGUUUGUCCUUUGGGUCUUAAAUUCCUUGUCGUGCCAUAUUUAUACAAUCAUGUGCAAGAUGCAAAAAAAAAAAAAAUGGCGAGGAAAAAACCCAAGCGCGCCCGAUUCAAAUGGGAAAUGAUGCAGAGGGUAUCUCUCUUUAACUUACCACACGUUU